AUGCAAGAACUCAAACACAAUGACGAAGUUCAAAAUCGACCAGAUUUAAUUGCACGUAUAUUUAGAGCAAAAUUGGAAGAGUUAAAGAACGAUUUAUACAAAGAAAAUAUUUUUGGUUCAGUUGUUGCUCAUAUAUACAUGAUUGAAUUUCAAAAAAGAGGGCUCCCUCAUGCCCAUUUAUUGUUGAUUUUCAAUUCUGCCCAAAAAAUUUGUUGUGCUGAACAAGUUGAUAUGAUAGUGUCAUGUGAAAUUCCCGAUAAGAAUAAACACUUGCAUCUUCAUUCUGUAAUUGCAAAACACAAUAUGCAUGGCCCUUGUGAAAACCUUAAUCCAAAAAAUGUAUGUAUGUUGACAAGUAGUGGUUGUAAAAAUAAAUAUCCUAAGGAUUAUUGUAACAGUACUAUAUUUGGUGAUAAUUCAUAUCCCUUGUAUAGACGUCAUGAAAAUGGUAUUUCUAUUAAAGUAAGAGGCCAAAUGUUAGAUAAUCGGUGGGUUGUACCAGAUAAUCCUUAUUUAAGUGCAAAAUUUGACUGUCAUAUUAACGUUGAAGUAUGUUCUUCUAUUAAAGCAGUAAAAUAUUUGUACAAAUAUGUGUAUAAAGGACAUGAUCAAAUUUAUCCUACUGCUUACGCUUUACAACUUCAUAUUAAAGAUCAUCAGCACGUAACUUAUAAUAGUAAAGAUGAUUUAUCUGUUAUUAUUGGAAAUGAGUAUACGAGAAGAACAAUGCUAACUGAAUUUUUUCGGAUGAAUGAAGUAAAUGAAUUUUCUCGAACGCUAUUGUAUCGAGAUUUUCCAACACAUUUUGUGUGGAAUGCAACUCGAAAAACUUGGACUCCCAGAAAACAACACAUUGUUAUAGGGAGAAUCGUGACAGUUAAUCCAUCCGAAGGAGAACGAUAUUUCCUUCGUGUUCUUCUGAAUCAUAUUAAAGGUCCAACAUCAUAUGACAGUUUUAAAACUUUAAAUGGAGUAACAGUCAAUACAUAUCGAGAAGCAGCACUUUUACAUGGUUUGUUAAAAGGAGACAACCAUUGUGAAGAAUGUCUAUCUGAAGCCAUUAUUUACAAAAUGCCCAGUUCUUUAAGACCUUUGGAAGACAUCAAUUCUAUAUUAGAAUCGUCAGGAAAAAAUGUAAAUGAUUAUGGAAUAGUUUCAUUCUUUGUAAAUAUAGAUGACACUCAAAGAUUGGCAAGAAUGAUUGCAGAGGAAACAAUGAAUUUUAAUAUUCAACAAGACUUUAAUUGUGUAGAGAAAUUCAAUAAAGAACAACGAUUUGCAUAUGAUAAAGUUAUGGAAAAAGUAAAAAAUGACUCAAGUGGUACUUUCUUCAUUGAUGGUCUAGGGGGAACGGGGAAGACUUUUUUAUACAAAGCACUUCUAACUGCUGUAAGAGGUCAACAUUUCAUUGCUUUGGCAACAGCGUCCUCUGGAGUCGCUGCGUCUCUGUUACCUGGAGGUCGCACAGCUCAUUCAAGAUUUAAAAUUCCUUUAGAAACAAUUGGUGAAGUGAAUUGUUUUGUAGCAAGCAAUCAGCUUUAG